AUGGUGGUGCAUCGCCAGCAUUUGGUGGUGCUACGUCUCCUGGAUAUGGUGGAACUUCUCCAACGUACUCGCCAACUUCGCCAAGUUAUUCUCCAACUUCGCCAAGUUACUCUCCAACUUCGCCUAGUUACUCACCUACUUCGCCAAGUUAUUCACCAACUUCACCAAGUUACUCACCUACUUCGCCAAGUUAUUCACCAACUUCACCAAGUUACUCACCAACUUCGCCAAGUUACUCGCCAACUUCUCCUAGUUACUCACCAACUUCGCCAAGUUACUCACCAACUUCGCCAAGUUACUCGCCAACUUCUCCAAGUUACUCACCAACUUCUCCAAGUUACUCGCCAACUUCGCCAAGUUACUCGCCAACUUCGCCAAGUUAUUCUCCAACUUCGCCAAGUUAUUCUCCAACUUCGCCAAGUUACUCGCCAACUUCUCCAAGUUACUCACCAACUUCUCCAAGUUACUCGCCAACUUCGCCAAGUUACUCACCAACUUCUCCAAGUUAUUCACCAACUUCUCCAAGUUACUCACCAACUUCGCCAAGUUAUUCGCCAACGUCCCCUCAAUACUCGCCUACUUCUCCUCAAUACUCUCCGGGUUCGCCUUCCUAUUCGCCACGGUCUCCACUGUACGGUGACAAGAAGGAAGACGAGAAGAAAUAGAUGGGUCAAAACAAUGUGCUUUCCAGUUAGUACACUAAUUGUAUCUUUAUUUAAAACCCCUAAAAAUUAUAAUGAAACGUUUACAGGAACAAAUGUAAAGAUCUGA